AUGUCGUCACGAAAGCCCGCAGAUGUUGCAGCCAAGGAGCGCAACGAAUAUAUCCCAUCGUUCAUCUCAAAAAAGCCCUUCUACGUCGAAGACGAAACAAAUGACGACUAUCUUGAGCAUCAGCGUCUUCAAAAGAAAUCUCAAGACCAGUCCAAAUGGUAUGACCGGGGGAAGCGCGCGGGACCAGCUGCAACCAAGUAUCGCAAGGGUGCUUGCGAGAAUUGUGGUGCGAUGACCCAUAAAACCAAGGAAUGUCUCAGCCGACCACGCAAGCACGGUGCAAAAUGGACCGGCAAGGAUAUUCAGGCGGACGAGGUGGUUCAGAAUGUGGAUUUGGGAUGGGAUGCGAAGAGGGACAGAUGGAACGGAUACGACGCGAGCGAAUAUCGCCAGGUCAUCGAUGAAUACGAGGAACUUGAGUCUUUGAAGCGAGCUGCCAAGGAAGGAGCCGAUCUCAAGAAGUUGCAGGACGAGGAUGGUGGAGAAGACGCCGAGGACGAAGAUCUCCGAUAUGCUGAAGAGUCCGACAUGGGUCGACAGCAGAGCACUGCGACACGAAACCUCCGUAUUCGUGAAGAUACGGCAAAAUAUCUUUUGAAUUUGGACCUGGACUCUGCGAAAUAUGACCCCAAGACUCGACGAAUGGUGGAUAUGGGUGCUCAGGAAGAUCAAGCUUCUGCGCUGGUAGCGGAAGAGAACUUUAUCCGUGCUUCAGGCGACGCCGCCGAGUUUGAGAAAGCCCAGCGCUACGCUUGGGACGCUCAAGAAGCAGGAAAAGCCAAGAUCCAUCUACAGGCUAAUCCCACGUCUGGGGAAUUCUUACGCAAGAAAGAGAAGGACGAAACUGAGGCCAAACGCAAGGCUGAGCGGAAAGCUCUUCUGGAGAAAUAUGGAGGGAACGAGCAUCUUGGUGCCACUCCGCUACGUGACACCAUGGUCAUUGAGAAUGAGCGCUUCGUGGAGUAUGAUGAAUCUGGUGCAAUUAAAGGGGCGCCCAAAAAGGCCACCAAGUCGAAGUACGCCGAAGACGUCAUGGUCAACAACCACACAUCGGUCUGGGGCAGCUGGUGGCACGAGUUCAAGUGGGGCUACGCCUGCUGUUACUCAACUGUCAAAAACAGCUACUGCACUGGCGAGGAUGGAAGGGAGGCUUUUCGUCAGGAAGGCAACAUGUUAUUGAUGCCGGAAGCAGAUGACGAUGCUGGAGAUCUUCCUCCCGUUCAGGGGCACGAUGACCAGCCUCCGUCGUCAAAUCAGCAUAAGAAACGCACCUUGGAUGAGAUCAAAUCAGGCAUCACAGAGGAAGAGCUCGAGUCCUAUAAGCGAAGCCGACUAGCUGCCGAUGAUCCCAUGGCAAAGUUUAUCGGAAAUCUUCAAGAGGACAACUGA